AUGAGCGCGCCGCCCGGCGUGUGCCGAGGUUGGUGCGGGACGCGUGGAGGUCAGCGGCGAUGCUGGCCGGGGCUGCGGGGGCCUCGAAAACACUUGCUGGGAGUAUCACCCCCCUGCCGCCCUGCCGUCAUGGCAGCUCGCCUGGUAAAACGAUGCACGUGUCUCCUGAGAGACGCUGCUCACCUGGCCCCUGCAGGGCCUCCUGCGGGCCAGCUGAGGCUGGCCCGGGCAGCCCAUAAGACUCUGGCUUCCUCAGCUGCCUUACCCAGUUCCCACGUCCCAGGGUCCCUGUCACAGCAUGUGGGGAAAGAACAGAUGUUUACCCCUUACCCAGAGCGCCAGGAGGUGGACGAGCUCAUUGAGAGAGCCACUCGGCCAGAGGAGCUCCUGGGGCUGCUUGGGGAUGGCCGAUGCCUGCACCAGAACCAUGCAGCCCUCGCACUCAUUCAGCUCUCCCGCCUGCUGUCCGAGAAGCCAGAGGACAAGGCCCCACUCAUACAGGACGCCCGCUUUCAGCAGCUUCUGCGCCUCGUCAACAGUCAGAUAACCACGGUCUGGCACGGGACCCUUGUGAAGCUGCUCCGGAGCCUCUAUGCACUGGAGCUGCCCGCGUCCUCCAAGGAGCUGCGGUCAGUGGAGCAGGAGGUGCGAUGGCGCCUGCGCAGGCUCAGGUAUAAGCACCUGGCCUUCCUGGCCGAGACCAGCGCUGCCCACAUGCAGGACCGAGGCUCCGGGGAGCUGUUGGCCGAGCUGCUCCUGCAGCUGGAGCGGCGCUGGGCAGAGAUUGAGGACGGCCGCACGUUGGUGGCUGUCAUGACAAAGACAGGGCACCUCUCGGAGUCGCUGAUGACACGCCUGGAGGACAAGAGCCUGGACCUGGUGGAACAGUUCGGCCCUGAGGAGCUGCGGAAGGUGCUGGUGGUGCUGGCAGCUCAGAACCGGCGGGCAGUGCCCUUGCUGCGGGCCAUCUCCUACCACCUGGUGCAGAAGCCUCUCCCUCUGACCAAAGGCAUCCUCCUGGACCUGACCUACGCCUAUGGCAAACUCGGCUUCUACCAGACCCAGGUGCUCCAGCGUUUGGCCACCGACCUGCUCCCCCACAUGCCUGGACUCACAUCCAGCGAGGUGGCCCGCUGCGCCAAGUCCUUCGCCUUCCUCAAGUGGCUCAACCUGCCCCUGUUUGAGGCCUUUGCCCAGCACGUCCUGAGCAAAGCCCAGAGCAUCGCGACAGCACCCCUCUGCAACGUGCUCCUGGCCUUCGCCCGCCUGAACUUCCAUCCAGAGCAAGAGGACAUGUUCUUUAGCCUGGUGCAUGAGAAGCUGGGGUGUCAGCUGGCAGGACUGGACCCGGCCCAGCAGGUGGAUGUGCUGUGGGCCCUGUGUGUGCUGGAGCAGGCCCAGGAGGCCGAGCUCCGGGCCGUGCUCUGCCCCGAGUUCCACGCCCAGUUCCUAAGUGACCGGUCCCCAAAGGGUCAAAGCACCUUCCAGAAGCUGCUGCACAUCAAUGCCACCGCUAGGCUGGAGCACCCUGAGUACGCCGGCCCCCUGUUGCCAGCCUCCGCCUUGGUCCCCAGGCCCUCAGCCCUUGACAGAAGGGUGACGCCCCUGCAGAAGGAGCUGCAGGGGGCCCUGAAGGGGCUUCUGGGGAGCGCCGACAGGGGUCACUUCACGGUGCCCACGCAGUACGGCUGGGUUCUUGAUGCUGAGGUGCUGCUGGACGCCGAGGGCCAGUUCCUGCCCCUGAGGGACUUUGUGGCCCCUCACCUUGCCCCACCCUCUGAGGGCCAGCCACUGCCCCCUGGGGCCAAAAGGCUGGCCUUCCUGCGCUGGGAGUUCCCCAACUUCAGCAGCCGAAGCAAAGAUCUGCUGGGGCGCUUCGUGCUGGCCAGGCGCCAUGUGCGGGCAGCUGGCUUCCUGGUGGUGGACGUCCCGCACUACGAGUGGCUGGAGCUCAAGUCUGACUGGCAGAAAGGCGCCUACCUCAAGGACAAGGUCCGGAAAGCAGUGGCAGAGGACCUGGCCAAGUGACCUGCCCUGCACAGGGGACUUGUGCCUGGGUGCCGGACUCCCUGAGGGCCUGGCCGUGGACCCUGGGUGGGCAAGGGGGACCUACUUGAGGACAGACCUUGCCCGCGGCCUUGGCCAGAGCAGGUGCUGGCCAGCAGCCCUGAGCGGCAGAGGGCCCUUCUGUGGUUAAUAAACCUUUAACUUUGGUGUUUGACACCAGAAGGCA